CUUGUCUCCGUAGUUACGUGAGGCGCCGUGAUGCCCCGUGCCAUUCUGAGCCCAACCCACUGAACUGCCUGCAGCGCCACUUCACUCGUGUCACUUUCUCUUCAUCUGAGUGCAAAUCGGUGCGGGGCUCUGGAGUAAAAUCACAGCUUUACUUGGACCAUGGACGAUUUUUCGCUUGCGGACGCCUUAGUGGAGGACACCCCGGGCAAAGCCUCCAAAGUCAGCAACACCCACCCUGCUGCCCCAGCCAACCCAGCAGCCCCGGCCAACCCAGCAGCCCCGGCCAACCCAGCAUGGCCCAGUGCUGCCCCCUGGAGCAAUCCCCCCGGAGCUCCACAGUUCCCACCCUCCUCUGGGCCUUCUGCCCCUAGCCAGCCCUCCGCCCCAGGGCAGUACCCAGCAGGGGGGGGCCCUGGACAGUAUCCGCCAGGUGGGGUCCCUGGACAAUAUCCUGGUGGCCCUCCUGGUCCAGGACAGUUUUCUGCAGGCCCUGGGGCCCCUGGACAGUUUCCUGCAGCAGGGGGCCCUGGACAGUAUCCUGGUGCCCCAUCAGCUCCAGGACAGUUUCCAGCAGGCCCUGGGGCCCCUGGACAGUUUCCUGCAGCAGGGGGCCCUGGACAGUAUCCUGGUGCCCCAUCAGCUCCAGGACAGUUUCCAGCAGGCCCUGGGGCCCCUGGACAGUUUCCUGCAGCAGGGGGCCCUGGACAGUAUCCUGGUGCCCCAUCAGCUCCAGGACAGUUUCCAGCAGGCCCUGGGGCCCCUGGACAGUUUCCUGCAGCAGGGGGCCCUGGACAGUAUCCUGGUGCCCCAUCAGCUCCAGGACAGUUUCCAGCAGGCCCUGGGGCCCCUGGACAGUUUCCUGGUGCCCCGUCAGGUCCAGGACAGUUCCCAGGGGCCCCUGGACAGUUUCCUGGUGCCCCGUCAGGUCCAGGACAGUUCCCUGGGGCCCCUGGUCAGUUUCCCUACCCCAGCCCUGGUGGACAGGCCCCUGGAGGCUUCCCUCCUUCCACUGGCCCCUUCGCUGGGGGCCCAUUCCAAACACCUAGCGGCCCAUUUGGACCCCCACCCGGUACCUGGGGUCCCCCUGCCUCCCAGCCAUUCCCCCCUGGCCCCCACCCCGCCCAACCUGGCUCAUUCGGACCGGGCCCCUGGGGGUCAUUCCCCGCCCCUUCCGGGCCAUCCUCGAAUUUCGGGGGCCCUGCUGCACCGACCGUCCCUCCCUCUGGACCGGCAGGAGCUCUGCCAGUGCCUUAUGAGCUCCCCCUACAGGCUGGGUUAAUGCCUCGACUGCUGAUCACCAUCGCUGGAGAGACCACUAAGAACCCAGUCAGAUUCCACUUUGAUUUUUUGCGAGGCACAGACUCUGUGUUCCACUUCAGCCCCCGGUUCGAUGAGAAAGCAGUGGUGAGGAACGCCUGUCUGCACGGGCGCUGGGGGGCCGAGGAGAGGCAGGGGGGCUUCCCCUUCCUCCCCGGGAAGCAGUUCGAGAUCAAGGUCCUGUGUGAGGAGGCGAUGUUCAAGGUGGCGGUGAAUGGACUUCACCUGCUGGAGUUCCGGCACCGCUUCAAAGCCCUGAACGAGGUCACGCUGCUGCGAGUCCAAGGAGACAUCAAGCUGUCCAUGGUGGCGCCCACCAUGGUCUUUGGCAUCAAAAACGAACCUCCCAAAUCUGCCAGCGCCAUGAAGUGUAGCCGAUUCGUCUCUGGCUGGCUGGGCACCUCGUACUGCACUAGGAGUAUAAACGGGCUCAGGGACUUGUGUUCUGCUCUGUCGGUGUUUCUUGCAAUACCGAACAAUCCAAUAAAAAUGAGCGACGGACUGAACCUGUCGGACGCCCUGUUCGGUGACUCCGCUUCCAGCGCCCCAACAGUGAGCAACCCGGCUGGUCCCUGGAAUCCGAAUAUGGGUUACGGCAACGUUCUCCCAGGAUUCCCUGCAGCGGGGGGGCAGCAACCGCAGCCUGCCAUGAUGAACCAGCUCCCUGUACCCUUCAAUAUGCCGCUCCAGGUGGGGGUGCACGACAAGCUGCUGUUCACUAUUGUGGGGACCGUCAAGCCCAAACCCAACAGAUUUACGAUUGACUUCAAGAGGGGCAACGACAUUGCCUUCCACUGUAACCCCCGCUUCAACGAUGAAGGGAAGAAGGUGGUUGUGUUGAACAACUUGGUGAACGGGUGCUGGGGCCCCGAGGAGAGGCAGCUCACCCAGUUCCCCUUCGUCGAGGGGCAGCCAUUUGAGAUCGCAAUCCUGGUCACUGGGGGUCAGUUCAAAAUGGCGGUCAAUCGGGCUCACCUGCUGGAGUUCAACCACAGGGUGAAGCAGCUGAACGAGAUCACCAUGCUGAGCAUCUCCGGGGACGUGUUGCUGAGCUCGGUCAUGCCCAGCAUCCUGCCCUAGCUAUAUAUAAUAUACAAUGUGUGUGUGUAUAUGUGUGUUAUCUGGUAUCAUUCUGGGUUCAAUAAAACCCCAAGGAGUCUGAAUGUUGUUGUCAUGUAGGUCUGGUUAAUAGAUCUAUUGAUUCGAUGCAUUAUUUAGGGUACUGUUUGUGUUAACUUUGAAGGCUGUAUCGGUUAGCUCUGUAAUUGUAAUGAGUUUGUAUGGGCAUGUUUUUAUAUCUGUGUAAAAAGCAGCCUUAAAUAAACCUCAUGAGUUGGA